AUGCAAAUUAAGCUUCUCUCCCCGCCGGCUCGAGGCCAGCCGGGUGUGCUCCACCACUGCACCGAAACUCUCGUCGCCUUCGAAUACACCCGCAGCCAUGUACCCAAACCCCACUCCCUCGUCUUUGUCGGCGGAUUGGGUGACAGCCUCGGCUCAGUCGACUAUCUCAACGACGUCGCCCGCGCGCUAGACCAAACCCAAUGGAGCGUCUUCUCACUAAUGCUGUCUUGCGCCGGAGGCGGCUGGGGCAUGGGCCGACUCGGCAAAGACAUCGACGAGCUCUCGCAGUGCGUCUCCUACAUCCGCGAAUACAAGGAGCCGCAAUUUGGCGCGGGGAAGGUCGUCAUAAUGGGCCAUUCGACCGGCAGUCAGGACGUGAUGCACUACAUCAACUGUCCGAACCCGCGCCCAGCACACCCAGUCUUCGACCGCGACUCGCCGCCUAUUCUACGGGCAUGCGUCGACGGAGCGAUCAUGCAAGCACCCGUGUCAGACCGCGAGGGAAUCCUGUGGGUAGUGAAGUGCGGUACAGAGCGCGAUAGCCCUGCGCAGAUGCGCGCGAUCUACAACAAAGCCGUGGCGGAUGCACGACGGGCGACGUACGAGGACCAUGAUUCGGUUGAUACCGUUGUUCCGUUGUCUGUUACAUCGCGGAUUGGGUACCCGCCUUCUGCGCCGGUGAGCAGUCGGCGGUUCUUGAGUCUGGUCAGUCCGGAUAGUCCGGAGAAUCCGUCGGAGGAUGAUUUGUUCAGUUCCGAUUUGAGUGAUGAGCAGUUCCGGGGGACGUUUGGGAUGAUCGGGGAGAGGGGAUUGUUGAUGCAGAAGAUGCUUGUUUUAUAUUCUGGGAGAGACCAGUCGGUACCGCCUUGGGUGAAUAAGGAGGCGCUUUUGAAAAGGUGGCAGGCUGCUGCUGAUGGGGGUGGGCGGCAGAUCUGGGAUACGAGGAGUAUGGUUAUUCCUAAUGCAUCGCAUGCUCUGAGUGAUAGUGAUCAGGCGGAGCCGCGGCGGAUUUUGGUGGAGAGAGUUACGGCUUUUUUGAAUGAUAUCCAGCGAGGCUGA